AAAUUCAAGUAGAAACUAGUACCUACAAUAGCACAAUGAGCUUCCGUAAAUCAAAGCGCAACCGGUCACGACGAAAUUCAAUCAACCAUAUGUUAGACGUCAACGAGAAAUGGAGACCUCUCGGCAGGAGGAUCUCCCGCCGAGGCACCGAUUACUUGGAUGACGAUUCUGACAACGAUUUACCUAUUGAAAAUGAAACAUGCAUCAAUUGGGCCGAGGAAUUUUUCGGUCGCAAAAGCGUAGCUUGCAUAACCGGCAUGAAUGACCAAGACAUGGACGUACAACUCACCAGUAAACAAACCUUGAUUCUUGCAACACUUGUGCCCAAUGAACUGUUAUUAUUGCCGAAAUAUGAUCACGCCGAUCCAAAGCGGUUAGUCGGUGUUCUUAUGAUGGCCGAUGUAGCCGGGUAUACCGCUCUCACGGAACGCUAUACAAAUACUGGAAAGGGCGGCACGUAUAGAUUGACUGUUACCUUAAAUACCUACAUUGGUGCACUCGUAGACAUUAUAUACAAUCACGGAGGAGACGUGAUUAAGUUUGCUGGUGACGCUUUCUUGGCUCUUUGGAAAACCGACAAGAAGACAUUUCUGAGCCACACCAUCCAUUCGGUUAUUACGUGCGCGUUAGUCAUUCAACAUUCAUAUGCAAAGUACGAGACCGACGUCAAAGUAAAUCUCAGAGUGAAACUGGCAAUCUCCGCAGGCAAUCUAUUAUUUUCCGUUAUUGGCUCUGGUAUAGACAUGAAUUACAUUUUAUUUGGCUUACCCGUCAUAGAAGCGAAACUGGCAGAAAGCGUGUGCUCUUCAGGGGAAGUGAAAUUAACACCUUCUGCAUGGGCACAUUGCUAUUCCAGAAAUUAUGAUCAUGUAAUUCAUGACGAUGGUCACGUUACCAUAAAAACUAUUCUGUACGAUCCCCACGACAACGAAGUCAACAAACCAUACUUAGGAUUUACUACAUUAAUCCGAAAUAUCAGAAGACCGUACACGACUAUCGAAUCUCUUCCCAGCAACCUUAUGGAUUCUCCUAAAAAUUUAAGCCCGUCAGAUAUUGCCAAGAAAGCUGAAGCACUUUAUCUACGAAAAGCAGUAUUAGUAGCUGAAGAAAGAAAUAUCGGAUCGGAUAUUCGAAAAUUUAUGAUACAACCUGUGUUAACUCAGAUCGACGCUCACCAGCCCCUUGAGUACCUUACAGAAAUGAGACAAGUGUCCGUUUUAUUUAUAACACUCAAACCCAGGGAAUGCGCUCCCUUGCAACUCAUAACUAUAGUCAACAAUGCCUAUCAAAUAACUUGCGAAAUCGUUUAUAAGUCAAUGGGUUGUGUUAACAAAAUUAUACUUUUUGAUAAAGAUGUAAUGAUCUUGGUCAUCUUUGGAUUACGAGGUUUCAAGCAUGAAUCAGAAGCACAAGCAGCCUUGAAAUGUGGAUACAGUAUUAGGAAAUCGCUAGCUGCUCUCGAUGGAGUCCUGGACGUGUCAUUGGGAGUGACCACAGGUCAAGUUUAUUGCGGUGUAGUGGGCCACCCUCUGCGUAGAGAAUUUACUGUCAUCGGUUCGAUAGUCAAUAAAGCUGCCAGAUUAAUGUGUUCAUUCCAUAAUAAAAUUACAUGCGAUGAAACCACGUUCAUUAAGAGUAAAAUGUCCUCUAACAGCUUCACUUUGCAACCAAAAACCGAUCUUAAGGGCAUACAAAGCCCAGGUAAAAUUUACGAGUACUCGGAAGAAAUAAGACUGAAAGAGAUGGGCACAAUAACCACAAUACCACCUCUUCUGGAUCGCGACGACGAACUACAGUUUUUCGAUAGCUGGAUGAAGCAAAACGGAGCUGUUCAUAGAGAUUUUGAUGCUCUACUGCUGAUCGGCGAAUCUCGCAUUGGAAAGAGCAGAAUGCUCGAGUGGAUGUCUCGUAAAGCACGUCACAAGAACUUUCAAAUAUCAUAUAUCCAUUUGACCUCAAUACAUUCUGCUACUUCAUAUCUAGCGCUUAGCCAAAUUAUCGAACAAAUUCUGGGCAUAACAGAACCAGCUACAAUCGGUUUUGUAAAAGAACAAAAAAUAUGUGAUAUUCUCAAGAAUUACGAUGAAGAUUUGUGUUAUCUGAACAAUAUCAUAAAAGUACGUUUUGCUUACCACGAAGGUAUUUUUACACAAGAUGAAGAAAAACGGAAGGAAAAAGCUAAAAUUAUGUUCAGAAAACUUAUCAGGGCCAUAAGGCAGCCACAUAUGAUAUUUCUUGAUGAUUUACACAAUUUAGAUGCAGCAUCUUGGGAAUACAUAUCUAUUAUUUUUGAAUCCAUGAAAAUAUUUACAGUUUUAUCAGUAACGCGCGGAAAAUUUAGCUCAGUCCACACGUGGCUCUACAGCGUAUUUAUAGAUGAAAAUGUGAGAAAAAUGGUUCUGGGUCCUUUAGCUUCGGUAUGGAUCCCGCCUUUGGCAUGCCAGAUUUUAGACGUGGAUGCAGUACCCAGAGACUUGUGCAACGCUCUCAUUGUAAAAUGUAAUGGAAUGCCUGGAUUGGUAGAAAGUUUCAUCGUUCACUUAUUCUCCACUGGAGCAAUAGAGUUAAAAAAAAUUCCGCUAUAUGAAUUAGAAGAGUACAAAGAUGAAGCUUUACGAUUUCCUGAUUCUAACUUAUUACGCCCGGUAGCCGUUAACAUACACGAACAGGAGGAACUCGACGCGAUGUUGCAGGAAAACGAUGACGACGAAGUGUCUAUAUGUGUCGUCACUGAGAAGGAAGAACUAAACGUAAAUAUAAAUGUCCAAAACGUGGAUGCAUUAAUUAUGAUCCAGAUAGAUUCUCUUACCCCAUAUCAACAACUCCUUUUAAAAAUAGCUUCAGUAAUCGGUAACGUUUUUUCACGAGAUUUGCUUGAAAGUAUAAUGUACGAAAAUCAACCGCUUGUUACAGCGAAGGCUAUAAAAAGGCUUUUUGCCAUGCGAAUCCUGGGUUGUGCAAAUGUAAAAAUGAAAAUGAAAAAGUUUUCAUCGUUGUCAUCUACGCAAACACAAACGUCUAGGCUCAGUAACAAUACAAAUUUAGUGUGUGAAUGUCCCAUCGAAUACGAUCCAGAUAAUGAAGAGAACCUUCCUAAAUAUGCUUACUGUCAAGUAAUAAAAUUCAAAAACAAAAAUUCGCAGUUAACUUGUUAUGAACUGUUGCCCAUGAACCAAAAAAAAGAAUUCCACGCCAGAGCUGUUAAUUACUUAGAAAACAAUAACCAAAAAUGUCCCGAAUGUGGUGGCACAUUAAUUGUACUCGAAUCGUACAUGAAUUUUUUCCCUCUUGAAGAAGAUGAGCCCAGCGUGGCAACGUUGGCUCAUGAACAUAGUUAUGAGUCAUUCUAUUCUGAAGAAGAAUAUUCCGAUGCAGACGAUCGAAAAACCAGUGAUGUCUUGACUACGGCCAGUGCAAUGUUGAGACGUGAGACAAAUUUUUUAUUACCAUUACGUAAUUACACACAAAGCCACUCUAUUUUGAAGAAUUCAGUAGAAGGCCCUAAUUGGAACAGAGCAAGUAAUAAAAGAGUUACAGUGUCUAGUUUUAUAUUUAGAUCUCUUAGCCAAGUCGAUGUAUCCGAAUCAAUGAAUCAAAUAAUGUUACGACCUUUAUUAGAGGCCAAAGACCUGAGCGAAUGGCACGAGUUAGGUGUUAUCGACAGCACUGACCAGAUAGGAGCAUAUUUCCAUGAUCAAAAUGUUUCAAUACCUAUUGAGAAGGGUGUUUCUUCCAUUGAUUUCAAAAGAUGUACGUGUUCGGACCUUAAGAUUUUGCUACAUGAGCAGCUCCUUACACAUGCUUUAUUUGCAGAAAUGAAGGAAAAAGUUAUUGAAUUUUCUGUACAACUUAGUUACUUACAUCUAAUGGCGAAUAAUGCUGAAAGUGCAAUAGAAGUAAUCACGAAUGCUGAGGAAAUUUUGACAAAACAAGGCAAAGAAUUAAAUUUUUCCUCUGUACAAAGAAAAAUAUUUUUAGGUAGAAUACACUCACUUAGAGCUGCUAGCGAAUUUAUAAAAGGAGAAUUGCUCGUGUCCAAAAUGUACAUGGAACGUGCUUGCAGGAUAUAUGGUCUGAAGAUAAAUCAAGUGACUUCGGAUUUAGAAAGAUUUAAGGCUUUAUUCAAAAAUAUCAAAGUAAAGAAACGGAAAUAUAAAGAACACGAGGAAAUUAUUGCUGCCGACUCUGUGUUCUGCUUAAAUGUUGCAACGUCAGUAUACUUUGCAAUGGGCGAUGAUAAAACAGCAAAACUAACGUCAACAUGGGCCCUAGACAGAAUUCAACAAGUAGACUGUAGGUUAGAGGAUGUAUGCGACGCUCUAUCUAUCGGUACACAGCUAGAGCUUGAUAAAGGGCUUACUGAAGGAACUACAGAAAUUGAGCGGAUAUUCAAAAGAGUUAUUACGAAAAUUAAAGAACCGAUUCAGGCAGACAAGCUUUAUUCGAUAGGGAAAGUGCUAGUGGCAACCUUCCGGGCUCGCUUAGCUCGAGCUGAACUACCAGCUGCGAUUCGUGUAGGAUUUCGAGCUAUGAUAGUGAGCAAAUUUCUUCAUGCAUACAAUGUUUCUGUGGAUAUUAUUCCUGAUCUCUUUUACAUUUUGCUUGCACGUAAACGAUUUGAAGAAGCAGUUGACGUUGUGCAGUUAGCGAUAGUGAUCAGUCGUAAUAAGGAGUCACAAGCUAAUGAAACUUGGUAUUAUGCUCUUUGUAUGGAUUUGAUAUUGGAUGCAGGAUUCCAGUUAGCUUCGCCUGGCUCAAUUUACAAGUAUUCGCAUGGUCUUUUGAUGGAGAGCAAUAAUGGCAGUGCGGCGCGACGCCGGCUGUUCGUCAACUUAUGGACCUACUGGCUGCGUAUGGACAAUGAGCGCCGUGCCAAAAAGUUCGAAGACGAAGCUCUCAGCUGGUUAAAUAAGACUGACACUGAUGACAGUUCUCUGACUACACUCAUCAGUUCUUUACGUUUGACGGAAGGCAUGCUGGAAAGCUUGGCAAGAAAAAUGGAUGAUUUGCGAAAGGUAGUGGACGUUAUGGAGCUGCGUUCCAUAGCAGAUAAGAAGCUAGGUGCUCUAGAAAGGGACUGCCGUAUGAUGAAAGUCAUUUACCCACGCUGGAUACGUUUGAAAAGCUUCUCCCAAACUUUAUCUGGUCGCCUCAAUACUGCGACUUCUGCCAUUAACCAAGCUUUGGAUGACGCGCAUCGCAGUCGAAACUGCCUCGAAGAAGAACUGGCCCGUGCUGUAUUCUCGAACUCCAAGUUCUGGGUAAACAGUGCUCGUUCUGGUAUUUUCCUUCAUUGGAAAAGCGGCUCGGAGCAUGCUCGCGACGGAUCAUGGCACCAAAUCCUCUACAAAAUGAGCGUCGCAAGGCGAGGGCCCUCGUGAUAACAUGAUUUUAGGAGGUGAGGUGUGGGAGGGCCGCUUCUCGCGUCUUGCUAGCCGCGCGCUGAAAAUUAUUAUGAAUGAAAUAAGCUGAAACAGACGGAGAAAAAUUUACACGGAUCAAACGUUCACAAGCGCCCGAUGACGACUGACGGGGCAGCUGGUGGUGCGGCAUGUCGCUAAACCGCUGGGCAGCUUUAAAAUUUUCUGGAUAAAUGUGAAUUUAAUAACUACGAGGCUUCAGUUGAAAACUAAAAUUUUGCAGGUUUUCUGUAGUACUUAGAGAGAGAUAUCUCCGUAUAAAAAUUAAAGUUAGGUAUUUAAUCUUAAAUAACCCGUUUUAGACUUUAUUUUAGACAAUUUUCACGUUUUUAGAUGUUCGGGCAAAGCUCAUCCUAUCGUGUAACAAAUUACACACUCUUUUGACAAUAUCCUUAGGUGUAUCAUAUAUUUUUUGUAAGACCGUUAUUCAAUAAUAAAUACCUAAAUCAUUUAAUCUAACAAAACAGUUUUCCCCGCUUUGCCUCCGAUGACUCAACAUAACACUAAAGUCCUGCCUGGAUAAGGCUUCAUUUACAGUAUACUGUAAAUAGUUAUGUAGAGUCAAUCAAAGCUCGUGAAAUAGUUAAUUUACAUGUAUCAGAAACUUUAGGGAUUUUAACACACAUUCCCUUAUUUCAUGUUUUCCUUCCUGUAUUGUAUGUAAGUACUGAUUGUAUUUUGUUACAUGCUUUCAAACUUUUACAAAAUGCAAUUUAAUAUAACUAAACUAGAAUUAUUUUGAGUUUCUCUUGAACGUUCGUUCUCCGUUAUUACUGUUAUUGAUGUUAAUCUUAUUUAAAGUGACUAAACGAUUUUAAUAAAUACAUUACCGAAAUCAAAAAUAAAGUUUUAGUUAAUACACCUUACGUACGUAAUACCUAAUUCUGUUUAGGUGC